GUUGAUCGAUAUUAGCCUCGAGUCCAUUAAUUUUGUAUAAAGGAUUUCAAUUUAGCGGCAUUCCGAUACGGAUAAUGGCACAAUAAGGUGAUUCGUUAUAACGUUUGGAAUAAACAGAAUGGGAUCAAAUUCUUCAGUAAACAAGCCAGAGACUGUAACAAAGGGAAGUGAUAUAAAUGAGCUAGUACACACGAAUAAUAUAAAGGAAAUUGUAUCUACGAACUAUUCAAAAUCGGAGAAAGAAUCAGGAUUUGAUAUGGCAACUAAUACAGCUAACAUUGAAACAUCAAAGGUUAUGUCAAAUCAAAGCAAUGAAGGCGCGAAAGGGGAAGAUUCGGAAUUAUCUGCUGAUCAAAAUAUGCUUAUUCACAAAUGUCGUGUACAGUUACAGCAGUUUGUACAUCAGGGUAAGGACUCUUUGAAAGUUGUUGAUGACAAGAUUGGUCGGAAUGGUGGAAGUAAUGAAAGAAAUACCACAAGCCAUAAUAAAGAGAAAGUGAACUUAGAACGGCUGUCUAAGAAUCUUGCCAGCGCUUACACUAAAUACGAGGGAAACGUUUCAGUUAAAGCGUUAUCUAGAUUUCAAGAGAAAUUAGGUGAUGUAAUUGCAGAGACAGGGGCGGCUGAAGAGUUUUGUGUCUAUGUGAUCAAUGCUCUCAACGAGAUGAUGGAAUCAAAGAGCAGUGAUAUAACUGUUACACUUACCUUGACAAUCGUUUUGAUGAAUCUUGGAAACUACACUGACGGCUCGGUGUGUUUGUGUCAAACAAUAGCGGCCAACAGUUCUUAUUUGGAAGCAUGUACACGAUUUCUUGCUCUAAAGGGUAUUUGUGAAAGAAUAAAGGGCAUAAACUCUUUGACCUGUGAUGAUCCGGGCAAUGAGUUCCUAGAUAGUUUACUGACACCUUUGCAUAAUAUUGCAUCAAGGGAUGAAUUGGCGUCAUCUAUGCGGGACAUAGGUUUUACAAACGAACUAAAAUUACAUCUGUCCAACGACAAAAGAGACAUUUGGAUGCAAGCUCUGGCAAUACUUGCAGCAUUAGUGACAGAAGAUGAAUGCGAUAUUAUUCAGUCAAAUCACAAGCGAGUAGAAGAGUUACUAAGCGUGUUAGAACAUGGUUUAGAAGAAGAAGAAUUACGUUACGAGGGAUGGUCCUGUCGGGAAAUUGCUCAUACUGUUCGUUUACUGGCAAGAAACGAUGCAAACAAACGGAUGCUUGUUGAAAUGGGUGCGUUUAAGACUUUGGUUGCACUUGCCAAGACAGAAGAGAAGGAGGAAAAAAUGGAAAGUAUACAAUCAAUUUGGGUACUGUGUUUUGACAAAGACAACAAGCGUGAAGCUGUCAAUACAGAGGAACUUGGCAUUGUGGAUCUUCUUACUGACCUUCAAGGACACAAAGACAAAGAUAUAGCUCGAGCUUCUAAAAACGUGCUUUGGACAUUACGCGAUGCAUUGGCAACCUCGACAAUCAAACGAUACCGGGAACAAGCUUAUAAAGAUAAACACUCAGCUGACAGCAACCAUUCCAGUCAACAGAACGAUGGUGCCAGUAACGCAUGUGAAACACAGAAAUCAAAAGCGAAAGGACAUGUUUUGGAUCCAUCUGAAAAAUUGCCUAAUGGCUUAAAGGAGAGAAAACAUAUCAUGAUAUCCUACAACAAGUACAGUAGAGAGAUCCUGAUGAAAAUUAAAGCUGAAAUAUGUCGACAUGGCUAUACGGUAUGGAUGGACGUGGACAACAUAUCAGGCUCCACCCUGGAUGCAAUGGCUUGUGCUGUAGAAGAGGCCGAAAUUAUACUGAUUUGCAUGUCGCAAAUGUACAAGGACAGCAAUAACUGUCGUGCUGAAGCCGAGUAUGCCUUCAAGCUGAACAAGAAGAUUAUCCCAUUGUGCAUGGAUAUGAACUACAAACCUGAUGGCUGGCUUGGGAUCAUGAUCGGUACCAAGCUGUUCUUUGACUUCAGCGGCAAAUAUAAAUUUUCAGACAAAAUGGGAGAUUUGCAAAACGAGAUUGAUAGAAUGUAUCCAGAUUCAUUUUUAAAGGUGCAGCCAAUCAAAGAAGAGCGACUGCAGGCUGUAGUUGUGGUGGACGGCGUAGAUGCGGCCGCUCCUGCUGGUCACCAGAGGUCUCCAACAGAAUACGCGUCUGCGCGACAAUCGAAUCCUGGUAUUGCAUGCAAUCUGACAAGAGAAUUCAUUGACUCUUGGUACAAAACACAUUUGCUUACCGGCCGUUCUGGAUUGGGUAAGACGUGUGGCAGGUAGACAUCGGGACGAGCACGCAUAUCGAGCAUGAAACCAUUAUUAUCAGAGCAACGGCCGGUCUACACCGAGACAUGCCCGUUGACAACGCCGACACUACCAAGGCCAUAUCGAGUUACCGGGCAUGGGUACAGCGCACAAGCAGACGGCCGAUACACGGCCCACGAACUCGGUCAUUGGUAUUCGUGGGCACCGGCAAACGACACACAAGUCCAAGCAUAUGUCUUUUGUAUACAAACAGGCAUACGCCCGGCACUUGACCAGUGCGGUAUACGAGAGCAACGCCAUACGUCCGGCACUUGACGACGUCGGUCGUUGGAAUACGAGGGCACCGGCAGGCAGCCGGCACUUCAGGACGUCGGUUGUUGAAAUACGAGGGUAGCGGUAGUCGAUCAAAACUUAAAGACUUUGGUCGUGGGUAUACGAAUGCACCAGCAUACGACCGACACUUUACAACAUCGGUCGUUUGAAUACGUUGGAACCGGCAGACAGCCGGCAUUUGACGACAUCAGUCGUUAGUAUACAAAGGCUACGGCAGAUGACCGACACUCUACGAUAUCGUUCUUUGGUUUACGAUGGCACUUACAGACGACGGAAACCUGACGACAUCUGUCGUUGUAUACAAGGGAACCGGCAGACGGCCGGCAUAUGAAGACCUCGUUCGUUGUAUACGUAGGAUACGUAGUCGGCCUUUACUUAACGACAUCUGUCUUUCGUAUACAAGGAAACUGAUAGACGACCGGCACUUGACGACAUCGGUCAUUCUCAAACGAGGGCAAUGGCAGACGGCCUACACUUGACGACAUCGGUCGUUGAUAUAAAAGGGCACCGAGUGACGUCCCGAACUUAACUAGAUCUUUUUUGUAUACAAGGGAACCGGCAGAAGGCUAGCACUUGACGACAUAGGUUAAUGGUAAACAAUGGCACCGUCAGAGGGCCGGCACAUGACGACAUUGGUCGCUGGUAAACAAAGGCAUCGGAAGACGGCCGGUAUUUGACGACUUCGGUUGAUCGAAUACGAGAGCACCGACAAUCAGCCGGGAUUUGACGACAUCAA